AUGGAGGGGGUUGGGGUGGUGGUGGGAGUGGUGGCGGGGGUGGAGGUGUCGGUGGCAGCAGUGGAGGCGGAGGAGGCAACGGCGGUGGCGGAGGGAGUGGAGGCGGCGGAGGUGGCGGAGGCGGCGGCGGCGGCGGUGGAGCUGGUCGCGGCUCUGCGCAGAGGAGUGGUUCCGGUGCGAGGUGGGGGUACUGGUCCCUGCACCUACGUCCUCCGGACCGGCGAUCGCACUGGUGAGCAGUGCGGGAGCCCGCACUCCACCCAGCGCUGCUUCGGCCGCCUGACGGACGCGUGGCGUCACCAGUUCCCUGACGCCACUGAGAUCCCUCGUUGGGGAGAGCUGUCUAGGGCGGGGGUUGCUAUCUUUGAUCUUGAUUAUGAUGCUAUUCUUGCUGCCAUGUAUGCUGUGUCUACUAGUGAUAAGGGUGACUGUUACCCGUGUGUUCCGCCUGACCCGGGCAUUGAGGCUCCUGCUCUUGGUGCUGGUGAGGCUGCUGCUCUAGGUACUAGUGUGUCUGCUGCCCCAGGUGCUGUUGAGUCUGCUCUCUCAGGUACCACCGUGUUCUCGUUCUCUACAAACUUGGUGAGUGGUGCUGAUCUACAGGAUAAGGGGGUUGACUAG